AUGUCAUCAUUCAAAGCACCGCCACACGGCGUUUGGGCACCAGCCAUUACAUUCUUCGACCACUCGACCGACUCUCUAGACACUGAGUCACAAGCCAAAUAUUACGCCUACCUCUCCAAGACGGGCCUCGCUGGUCUGGUAAUUCUCGGUACCAAUGCAGAGACAUUCCUCUUGACGCGCGAGGAGCGCAAGACGCUUCUCCAAACGGCACGCAAGGCAACCGGCCCUUCAUUCCCCAUCAUGGCUGGUGUCGGCGGCCACUCUACCAAGCAAGUCCUCGAGUUCAUCGCCGACGCUGCGGAAGCCGGCGCUGACUCGGUACUGCUCCUUCCUCCCGCAUACUUUGGAAAGCAGACGACGCCUGCUGUCAUUGAGAACUUCUUUGACGAUGUCGCCAAGGAGAGCUCGCUCCCCAUCGUCAUCUACAACUUCCCCGUCGUUUGCAAUGGCAUCGACCUGGACUCUGCCACCAUCACCCGUCUCGCCAAGAAGCACAGCAACAUCGUCGGCGUAAAGCUGACCUGCGGUGCCGUGGCCAAGAUCACUAGAUUGGCCGCUGAGUUCCCAGACGAGCGAUUCUCUACCUACGGUGGGCAGUCGGAUUUCCUCAUCGGUGGCCUGGCCUCGGGUUCUGCAGGAACAAUCGCUGGGUUCGCCAAUGUCUUCCCCAAGACCAUUGUCAAGAUCUACGACCUCUACAAGGAAGGCAAGUUCCAAGAAGCCUUGGACCUGCACAAGAAGGCGGCUCUGGCAGAGCAGCCAUGCAAGGCCGGAAUCUCUUCCGUAAAGUACGCUGCUGCGCUGAACACUGCUGUUGCGGCCGGUAUUGAUAAUGCUGUGGAGAAGCUGAAGCCUCGGCGGCCGUACAUUGCACCGAGUGAUGCGGAGAAGAAGAACAUUGAGGAACAGAUUGCGGCAUUAGUUAGCAUCGAAGCGAGUCUUCUAUUCCGAAGAGGCAUCUCAGAAUUUGUUGUUGUCAACUCGCACCUAAAGUCCCCUGAAGGCCUGGUUCCGAGGAAGCAGGCGUGGAAUGCACGUAUGCGCUAUUUCUCCGCGGAUACAGGCGGAGUAACUGUACUGUUACAUCAGCCCGAGCCCCAUAUUCAUUCACUGGGCACCAGCUCGUUCGUAUUUAGCAGUGGUGAGUUGCUUUCUUUGGUCAGAGAUCAUUCGCCGUAUGAGCUCGUCGAUAUAAAGCAGCACCAAUAUGUCUUCCCCACCAGCAGAAGUUUUGAUCUAUGGGCUUGGAGCAGCAAUCAAGUCCGUCUUACGGUUGUUGCCCGGUCCAACUACGAUGCUGUCCAAGCCAACGGCCUCAAGAUAAGCAGCCAGAACCAUGGCGAACACCAUGUAAAACCCCAUAGAGUUGUGAGAAGUGCUGCCGAGGCUGGCCAGAAGUUUGAUUAUAUUGUCUGCGCACACAAAGCCAUCAACCAAGCCGCAGCUCCACCUGAGAUCGCAGCUGGUGUUGACCAGGAUAGAACGACCAUUGUGAUUAUCCAAAAUGGCGUGGGUAACGAGGAACCCUUCCGCCAAUAUUUCCCGUCCGCGACUAUUCUGUCUGCCGUAACUUGGUGUGGUGUUCGACAGCCGCAGCCCGGCAUCAUCACGCAUACCAAAUCCGAGAAUAUGCAGCUGGGCCUAUUCCCCAAUCCCUCCGCCGAUGAAGCCCGGGAGACUCGGCGUCUGAAUGAAUUUGCAUCAUUCCUGACAGCUGGAAAAACUGUUUUUCAAGUGGUACCCAACAUCCAGGUACAAAGGUGGGAGAAGGUUGUGUGGAAUGCGGCAUGGAAUUCCCUGACGACGCUCACCCUCAUGGACACGCAUUCAUGGCUCAGCUCGUCAGAGGACUCGACGCCUUUGACUCGGACCAUCAUGACGGAGGUCAUUAACGUGGCCAAGGCGCUGGAUGUUCCCAUCGGAUAUGACUUGAUCGACAAGCACAUUGAUAAGAUCUUGAGCAUGGCCCCGAUCGGAAGUAGCAUGCGGACGGACUAUGAGAAUGGAAAGCCCAUGGAGGUCGACAUCAUUCUUGGGUAUCCGGUGCGGAAGGGGCGAGAGUUGGGGUUGGACGUCAAGACGAUUGAGACCUUGUUUGUGAUUCUGACAGCUAUCAAUAAGAGACUGAUGAGCUAG